CAGCCCCGUCCUCUCUCUGUUUUAGUCACUGAAGGGGUGAUUGAGGCAGAAACCACCCUGCAAAUCAGAGACAAAAAGUGAAUCGUCCAUCAAGACCCUUUCACAUCUAGUGAUCAUGUGGAGUACGUUUUUGCUGUGGGCGGGGCUUGUGCACUUCUCCAUCGCACACACUGACUCCUUCACCUGGCUUAACUACCUGCGGAGUCAAGCCUACAGACACAGAUACAGAUACAGCCCAAACCAUGGCAACUACUACGCUUCCCUUCAUGCACAAGAUGACUCUGCAGCACUAGACUGCCCCCUGGAGUGCGAGUGCCCUCCUGCCUACCCUAACGCCAUGUACUGCCACAACCGCAACCUCCAGCAUGUGCCCUUUGUGCCCUCACGCAUGAAGUACGUGUACCUCCAAAACAACCGGAUCACCGGGAUCACUGAUGGAGUUUUUGACAAUGCCACCGAGCUCGUGUGGAUCAUCCUGCAUAUGAACCAACUGAGAUCUGACAAAAUCAGCAGCAAGGUCUUUGCCAAGCUCUCCAAACUGGAGCGUCUGUUCUUGCAGCACAACAAACUUGAGCACAUCCCAGAAGGACUUCCUCAUUCCCUUCAGGACCUGCGCUUGGACCACAACGCCAUCACUUCCGUGCCUCCUGGGUCCUUGCGUGGAAUGAACGAUCUAACAGCUUUGCGUCUCCAUUAUAACACCAUUCAGGAUCUCGGUGGUGCUGUAGAGUCACUGGCCUCACUCAGCUUUCUGGAUUUGCGUGGGAAUCAGCUAUCAAAGGUUCCAGAGCGCCUUCCACCCAAGCUGAGUCAGCUGUAUCUCGACCACAACCACAUCUCCUCUGUCCCUGUGGACUUUGUGAAGAAGCGGCCUGAGCUGCGCUUUAUGCGCCUCUCGCAUAAUCGGCUCACAGACGCUGCGAUCCCACCUAAUACUUUUAAUGUGAGUACGCUUGUGGAGCUGGACCUGUCCCACAACAAGCUAGAAAAGAUUCCAGCCAUCAGCACAAGUCUACAGAACCUCUACCUUCAGGCCAAUCGCAUAAAAGAGUUCUCAAUCAGCAGUUUCUGUCGUGUUAUAAAUGUGGCCAACUACUCCAACCUGCGUGUUCUGAGGCUGGAGGCCAACAAGAUCAGCCCUCAUGAUGUGCCCCCUGAGGCUCUACUCUGCCUGCGCAAAGCCACAAGCAUCAACCUAUAGGCAUGCUGAGACACCAUGCUGACAUCAACAACAUCCAGACAACGUGACUGUAAACCAGUCACCGUCUUACUUUAAAAACAGGGCUAAAGUUAUGGACACCGAUAUUAAGUUUAAAUGCUACUGGCAUGAAUAUAACUCUUAAGUAUUAACACAGACAAGUAACGCGUGAAUACAACCUCUAUACAUGUUAUAUUUUAAAUAUAUCCGAGUAAAAAUAUACUCAUGGGAAUUUACUAGAAGAGUCAUAUUUGAAAAAGCUUUAAUACAUUUACUAGGUAGUCAUGUGGCAGCCCACACAGAGUGGUGAACUUUGACAUACUUGGUUUCUUUUUUUGCUCAAUGCAUUUCUGCAUUCAAGGAAGUGAGACCUGUGUCACACUUUGGGUGAUCAUGGGAUGAUCAAACAUAAUGCUGGGUUUACAAAAAGCACCCGUGAGUCGUAAAACAUCCAGUACUUCAUUCAAAUGUUGACUUUAGUUUUUGAAUAAACACUUACAUUUCACUGAAA